GCUCACAUCAACUCCGGCGGGAUUGUCACUCGGACCACUCAUCCAUGGGGUGACCAAGCUUUGCGUCCGUGCACGCAACAAUGGCAACAUCAACCUGUGGUAGACAAGAUCGCCGUGGCAAGUCAUGACGAUCAUACUUCGAAAGCUAGAGAGAGGGUCGAGGUUACAGGCCGCCAAGGGCGGGUCCUAUCGAGGACGAUGUACUAUCGAUUUGUAAUACUUUCGAGACAUGACCAUUGUUUGCUCUUUAUUCGCGAGUCGAUAGAUUGAGUCAGUCCACAUCAACUGUUGCUCACCCAUAGCAAUGUCCAUCGACAAGAACAGCGAGAUUGUGAUCGUCGGUGCCGGGUGCUUCGGGCUAUCGACGGCAUACCACCUCUUGAAAAGAGGUUACAGCCGCAUCACGUUGUUAGACAGUGCGGAGAAGCUACCUGCGCCUCAUGCCGCAAGUACGGACAUCAACAAAAUCGUGCGGAGCUCGUACGCCGAUUUGUUCUACGCUAAGUUUGCGCGAGAUGCUAUCGCCGAGUGGACGAACGACACGGAACUAUGGGGUGACGCGUACCACGAAUCCGGAGUCGUCGUGCUGGUGUCCGGUGAUGCCGGAUCGUACGCAGAUCAGGCCUAUGAGAACGAUGUCAAGCUCGGUGCACGCGUCGAGCCGCUGGCAGACGCUGCAGCUCUUCGAAAUGCGUUCCCUCCCGGGGUGAAGACAUGCUCCUUCGAGGGUCGCAAGGGCUAUCUCAAUCUCGACGGAGGCUGGGCGCAUUCGUCGCAAGGCAUCGAACGCCUCAUGUGGCGAGUCCGGGCGAUGGGAGCGCGGAUUGUUGCCGGUAAGGCGGCAGUGGAUCUUGUGAAGGCAGGCGGGAAGACGGUCGGCGUGAAGUGUGCAGAUGGGUCGGUGUUCCCGGCGGGUUUGGUUGUGAUCGCUGCAGGCUCGUGGACUGCGUCAAGCUUUCCGAGCUUGAAGCUGAGCGAGAAAUGUACCGCAACGGGACAGAGUGUCGGCAAGAUCCAGCUUACCCCAGAAGAGGCGGAAGUAUACCGCAAAAAUCCUGUCUAUCUCGACCUGACCACAGGGUUCUACAUCUUUCCCCCCAGCGAGCAGAACAUCGUGAAAUGCGCGAUCCACACAGCCGGGUACACGAACCCGCAGCCCACACGCGAGUACGGCCCAACGGUGUCCACGCCCGUGUUCGUCGGAUCGCACGCCGAGCAGGCGUCGCGCGUGCCCAAACGUGCCCUGCAGGAGCUCCGACAGGGGCUCGCGGCGGUCUUUCCCGACCUCGCAGCGAAGCCGUGGCAUAGCACGCGGAUGUGCUGGUACCUUGAUACGCCGGAUGAGGACUGGUUGAUCGGGUUCCACCCGUCCGACCCGCAGGUCGUGCUGGCGACGGCCGGGAGCGGACAUGCGUACAAGUUCCUCCCUGUGCUCGGCCGGCUGGUCGCAGAUGCGAUCGAGGGGACGAUGGCGCUGGAGCUGGUCAAGAAGUUCGCGGUCGAUCGUCCGACCCACUCCGUCGUCCAUUCGCGUCCCGACUUUGAAGUGCGGAAAUUGGAGUUCAACGACAUGUGCACGGAGGCAGAUCUGCUCCCUCCCCCUUCAACAAACUUGUGAAGGAUGCCUCCACGUUGGCAUCGGCGACGGUUCGCCGUAACACGGGAUUGUAACAAUAUGUAAGAUGCGACACGACGAAGGAUAUGCAUGCUACGCGUACUUCUCGGAGCCAAUCGAUACGUUCGAGAAGGCUAAAAUGACAGCAAGUCUAUGUGUAGAUCAUCGCUUCUAAACAUGGUUAUAAUUAUCUGCUUAACACAUCUCGUACUUAUACCACC